AUGCGCCUGUUUCUCAGGCCACUGGAAACUCUUUGUCGACGAACUCUUCAUGUGCGCCAACUACCUAACCUGAAGCCUACUCGCUCCCUAGUGAACUCGAAUCGCUUCAACCACACACAACAAGCAGCUGUUUUGCCUAUGAGUGGUCUUUCUGGUGAAGUUGACAGGCCAAACAAACGCAGACGCAUAGUAAAGUCAGGUGUAUCUGAGAGCACAAUGACACGGGGAGGUGGAGUGAAAGUGCCACAGGUGCAGCUAAGCUCGGAGGAAGCAAUCUUGCGAACGCUGCUGUUGGACACAGUGGAGUAUAUUCGGCGUAAGAAUAAUGAUGACCCCAAGGGCUCUGGGCUCGUUCUCCGGUUUACUGGAGGUUGGGUACGUGACAAAGUACUAGGCGUGGACAGUCAGGAUAUUGACGUCGGGAUCAGCACUAUGACGGGCUAUGAGUUCGGCCUGGCGCUGAAGGAAUACCUUGAUAUCCCAGAGAAUCUUGAAAGAUAUAAGGCUCACUAUCCGGAGCAUGCCCUCAAAGGAGUUAUUGGCGGACUGCAUAAGAUCGCCGCGAACCCAGAGAAAUCAAAACAUCUCGAGACAACUACAAUUCGGGUCUUUGGAUUUGACGUGGACUUGGUUAACCUGAGGAAAGAAACUUAUACAGACACCAGUCGGAACCCACAAGUGGAAUUUGGAACUGCAGAAGAAGACGCCCUUCGUCGUGAUGCUACUGUCAAUGCGCUAUUUUACAACUUACACACCGGUGAAGUAGAAGAUUUCACUGGCAUGGGGCUGUCUGAUAUGGAAGCGAAACUGAUUCGCACACCGCUGGCACCCUAUCAAACCUUCAAAGAUGACCCAUUAAGAGUUCUAAGGUUAAUCCGCUUUGCCAGCAGACUUGGCUAUACUAUUGAUCCUAAUACUGAAGAGUCAAUGUGCGAUGAUGAUAUUAAGCAUUCCCUCAGGCUUAAAAUAAGUCAGGAAAGAAUUGGUAUCGAAAUAGAAAAGAUGCUCCGCGGUAUGUUUUCUAGAACUAUGGUGAGACUUGUAUCGAGAAAGGUAUGCUGA